AUGCCCGCGUUCGACCGCAUCAUCACGCUCGUCGUGGCCAUCAUCUCGGUGUCGCUCUACCUCUGGAUCGCGGUCAUCAGCGCCAAGGAACUCGGCGACGUGUGGAACGGGCACCUGUUGUACCGCGUCAUCGACAUCUCGAUCCUGCUGCUGGCCCCCUCGAUCGUCUUCGACGCCUUCGUCAAGAUCGUCCUCGUUGCGCCUGGCACAGGCACCCAACCCACCGCCGAAAAGUACUUCCCCAAAAAGGCAGGCCUGUACAAGACGUUCUGGCCCAUAACGCUCGGCCUCGCGCUCCUCUUCCUCGUGCUCGAGAUUGUCUUCGUCGUGACCAACCACUCCGAGUGGCGCUACUUCCUCCGCAACGUGCGGAUUGUCGGGCUCGGCUCGCUCUACGCCGCGUACGACUUUUACGUCGCUGCCCGCGAGCUUGCGGACGGGUGGAACUAG